AUGUCCGAGAAGCUGACUUGUCCAUGCCGCAAAUGUCUUUGGCACGAGAGUGAGGAAAAGGUGGACGAGAAGCCACAAGAAGUAGCCGAAGCAGUUCACAACGAAGAGUCAGAUGCCGCCCCAAAGCCUGCAGAAGGCGAGGCCGAGCAAACCAAGAAAGAAGGUGAAGAGGAGGAAAAUGACGACGACGCCGAUGAGGCUUACUCAAGCACGUUGCCCACCAAGGACAUGCCUGCUGAUGAUAAUGAUGAUGCAGAGACCUCCAUCAUCACGGAAGCCUUUCAGCCGGGCCCUUCUCUCGCUUCGGCUCGUUCCGGCUUGGCUGCGGUGCGGCUAAACGACACCGUGGUGCUGAUUGCCGGAGGCAUUGGUGCAGAUGGCGAGCUGCUAGAUACCACGGAGUUCUACGACUUCGAUGGCCGCAAAGAUGAAAUGCAAGAAGGGCCGCCCCUAUCCUGGGGCUGCAACAGUCAGGUUGGCUUCAGCUACUUCGCAGCUUCGCGAGCUGCGUAG